UGCUUUGUACGAUAAAUUCAAUGUCAUGGCGCCUACAAUGACCGAUAAUAAAAAACAAAAGAAGCUUAACAAAAGCAACACACUUGCGACGGACGGCAGUAACAGCAUGGAAUUGGGGUCACCAUCGAUGAAGAACAACGGAGGCGAAACCACCGCUGGAGAUAACGUACGGAACCUUUGCGAGCAAGGACAAAACGCUAUCGUUGCUGGUAUGAAAGCGGCAAACGCGAUGCCAUCGGGACGGUCGCGCGAUCUUUAUGCAGCUCAUCCAGAGUUCAUAAAAAUCAUGGACACGCGGGCAAACCAGGUGCUGAAUAUAAUAUCGAACAUUUUGCAGAUGCAGGGAGUACAGGGCAACAUUCUACAACGCGAUCCGGAUGAGCGGUUAGAGAUGGUUCACGAUUUUAACGACAACAUUCUCGAGCGGAUACACUCCAACUUGGACGAAAUGGCAGGCAUCCGGAAGACGGCACCGACGGUGCUGGUACAAUCGGAGGUGCAGGUUCCAGUGGUGCCUCGCUAUCGACUGAGUGGCGCGUGGAACGAAAAGCAGACAAGGGAACCAGUGAAGGCCACACUGAUCACCGGUAUCAACAUUGCUCGGCCGCAGGCAAAAUUUAAAGUGCCGAUCGAUAAUUCACGCAUCAACCCGUUCGUGCCGAUAAUACGCGAUAAACCAAACUCGCUGAAACCGUUGGCCGUGUUGCCGGAGUAUGACAGCGAAGGAAACAUUGUUAGCUAUCUGCAUCCGUACGAAUUCGAGCUGGACCGAUUUCAGCCUUCAAGGAAUGUAUUCCAGCGGGUGACACCACAGGAACCGCCGCUGCUGGAGAAAACCCCACUAACGUUUAUCGACAAAGUGUCGCAGCUGGCGGAGCUGAUGCGAGAUUUAAAAUCAGCUAACGAAAUUGCGAUCGAUUUGGAGCACCAUUCGUACCGUAGCUAUCAGGGUUUCACCUGUCUGAUGCAGCUAUCGACACGCAGCAAGGAUUACAUCGUGGACGCGUUGGCUCUGCGCGAUGAGCUACACGUACUGAACGAAGUGUUUACCGAUCCGAAGAAGCUGAAAGUGUUGCACGGUUCGAUCAAUGAUAUCGAAUGGUUGCAACGAGAUUUGGGCCUGUAUCUCGUAAACAUGUUCGAUACCGGGGAAGCGGCUCGUGUUUUACAAUUGUCUCGCAUUGGGCUGCAAUUUCUGCUCAAGCACUACUGCAACAUCGACACGGAUAAAGCGUUCCAGCUGGCCGAUUGGCGUAUCCGCCCAAUCCCUGACAACUUCAUCGAGUACGCCCGGAAGGAUACACACUAUCUGCUGUAUAUUUACGAUCGAAUGAAGAACGAGUUGCUGGAUAAGGGUGAAGGUAUGCUGCAGACGGUCUUCGAUAAGUCGACCUUUAUCUGCAAGCAACGCUAUCAGAAACCCGUCCUAAACGAGGACACCGUGAUGAACAUCUAUCGCCGCUCGAGAUACGUUUUCGACCACCGUCAGAUGUACGCGUUCCGGGAAAUAUUGUAUUGGCGUGAUCAAAUGGCCCGUUUGGAAGACGAAUCUGCGGGAUAUGUUUUGCCGCAGCAUAUGGCAUUCGAUAUUGCUUCGAAGUUGCCGCGCGAAAUGCAGGGUAUUAUAGCGUGCUGUACACCGGUCCCGUCGCUUGUGCGGCAACAUUUACACACACUGCACCAGAUCAUCCUGAAGGCACGAGAUCUGCCCUCGAUAGUGGCCGAACAAUCAACGCACACGAAAGAGCAGCAUGCAGACACGAGGUACAAAAUGCAGACAGCGUUCGAUUUCGACAAUCCAUUGGUGUGUCCGCAUGACAGUGCGGGACAUACGGAAGCAGCCGGUGGCACCAAUCAUCCGACACUGUUGGGCGAUUUGACAAACACGCUGAAUGCGGUAACACUAAUGCCACAGUUUGAUUCCAAUCUGCUCAAGGAUGCACCUGAUUUGGGCAUUUUUGCACUAUCGAAAAUUCAAACGAUUGAUAGCCGCGGACGUGUUGGGUUGAAUGAAAAUGAAGUGAGUAAGGAGAAAUAUGCGAAGCUAUUAGCAUUGCAUACCAACGAUCCGCAAACCCAAACAGGAAUCGUAAGCAAAUACGAACGGAAUAAAUUCAACACUCCCUUUGAACGGUAUCAGGAGACGUGCCGUUUACGUCAGCUAAAGGAACGUAAAGAUGAAAAUCUCCAGAAAGGGCAACAACAAUCUGCUGUUAAGCAAAACCCAGAUGAAUCAAAUCAAUCGGAACUGCAAAGUAGUUUCUCCAGCUCUGGAGCUAUUCAACCAUCCCCGGCCACUGUUGUGGUGGUAAAGGAGGAGAGUGCAACGCCACAGCAAAUCCAACCCCAUUUAAUGACUCAAAAUCAGCUCAAACGUCUCGAAGAGAAGAACACACGUAAAGCGAUAGCCACAGGUGAAAAGCUACGUUUUGAUGGAACGACCGUUAUGGAGCGGCCUUCAACUGUCACCAAUCAAUCACCACACGGUAAGCGGAAAUCUUUCCCAAUGGAAAUUAAUGUCAGCGGCAGCGGGGAAACCAUCGAGCAGAACCUUGUGGCGGAAGCAACGAAGAAAGAGAAACCUAACAUGGCGCCGUAUAAGGACGAAUCAAAAUCGGACGCUCACAAUGAAAGCGCCAAUUGGAACGAAAAGCGAGCGAAAACGAGGAAAGCUAAACAACGUCAUCGGAAUCUUAUGAAAUCGUCCAUCGGGCAGGGAUCGCAUCAAUCGUCCAACAAACCGAUCGUACCGUUCGAUUACAACAGCGUAGACUUUAGCCGAUUCCAGGGAGGCUCUAAACCGCUCGCUGCUCCACGCAAAGGAAAGCGUGGCGGUGCUGUUGGCCAUCUUACGCUGGCAAGCGAUGCCGGCGAAAGUUCUGGCAUUAUGAAGAAACUACAUCCGAACAGUCGGAUAGCGAAAAACAUCAAGCAAACGCAGAAACUGUUCAACCUCAGCAGUAGCAGUAUGAAGCGAAAAUAACAUGU